AUGAUGAAAUUCUUAACAGCACUUGCUUUAUUUGCAUCCGUUUUAUUUUACUUUUUCGGUCAAGCCACUGCCGCUAAAGAUUUACCAGAAAAUCCACCCAUCACCAACAAAGUCUUUUUCGACGUUGAAGAAGAUGGCAAAUCAAUUGGACGUAUCACCAUUGGGUUAUUUGGAACUGUUGUACCUAAAACAGUAGAAAACUUCAAAACUAUUGCCAUUUCAACCGACCCUAAACAACAAUAUACUGGAUCUAUUUUCCAUCGUGUGAUCAAGAACUUUAUGAUCCAAGGUGGUGAUUACGAGACUGGCCAAGGAUACGGUGGUAAGUCAAUCUAUGGUAAUAAAUUUGAGGAUGAAAACUUUGAAUUGAAGCAUGAUCGUAAGUAUAGGUUGAGUAUGGCCAAUGCUGGUAAGAACACCAAUGGAUCACAAUUUUUCAUUACUACUGCAGUGACAAGUUGGUUGAAUGGUAAACAUGUCGUUUUUGGUGAGGUUAUUGACGGAAAGGAUGUUGUUGAUUACAUUGAGAAUGUCAAGACUGCCCGUGGUGAUCGUCCUGCCAAGGAAAUCAAGAUUGUUAAAGCGGGAGAAAUUGAAGGAGAUGAUGAUGCAGAGACUCAAAAGGAAGGUGUACAAAAAGAUGAACUUUAG